AUAUUCUAAUUACUUUCGUGAAACGCUACCAGAAAAUUACACCUUUCUUGGUUUCUAUAAAUAUCGUCGUCAGCAAUCUGACUUCACUUUUUCGUACCAAAAGGAGUCCCGUAAACUUAGGUGCGAUCUUGUAGAACUAAUGAAAGAAGAUUCGGAAGUAGUCAGAGUUUCUGCAAACCAGUUGUUACAGAACUAUAAGAUUAUUCCUUUUUUUUAUGUUGAGGGAUUUUUCUUGAGCACUCAACGGUGGCAUCUGCGCUUUGUUCACCUUAUGGUCUGCGUUUCCGUUGAGUGCUCGUUGCGUGCCCUCAGCUUUAGUUUUAUCGCUCUAAAUAUUAUAAUUACUUCAACAUAUAAGAAUCAUCGUGAAAAAUAUCCUGAUGUUCAGAUGGUUUGGAAUAACAGAGUCAUCUGUAAAUACGGCUCGAACAGUAAUGUAUGGCACGAGAAGUUGAUCAAAACCGCCUUAAACGAAGUAGAUAACAAACUGAAAACCGAUGACUCUAACUAUGGACCGGAUUUAAACAAUGAGAUCGAAAACUUUUUUCAAUCAUCCAAUUUGUUUGGGAAAGUGAACAACGAAACGGACAGCGAAAAGGACAAGAUUAUUCAUCGGAAAGAAAAACAUAAGCGAGAUGAGUUUCUUCAACAUGCAAUUGAACAGGAAGCCUUAUUCGAAGGUUUAAAAUUACAAACUCCUAAAAAUCGAGAAAACGAAUUUGGUCCAGAGCAGAAAAAGAUCAAACCAAAUGAAAGUGAUGAAGAGGAGAUUGUGGUGUCACAUGAUUCGCAGUUUCAGGCUCAACAACGAACACCCGAACGUCAAUUCAGUCCAUCAACUUCCGUGCCUGAGGUUAUUGAUACUGUUUUCGAACCUCAGCCGAUGGGUUGGGAGUUCGAUGAACCAGAGCCAACCUGGCUAAAGAAAGUAAUAAACCGACAAAAGUUUUUGAUCUCACAAACGGAUCCGUCUUCCAGAUAUAAAUCGUCAUUAAGCCCGAUCUGGUGGCGAAUAAUAGAUGCUUCUGAUCCAAAAAUUACAUCAGAUCUUCUGACUGAAGCGGACAUGUCGGAGCUGAUCGCCGUAUUUGCAUCUGUCCUUAAUGUAGGCAAUCCCACUGAAGAUUGGGCUAUACUGGAACCUUCAGUUGAGAGGUGCUUACAGGCUCUUGCUAAGCUUGAUAACGAUCAUCUCAGUAGGGUUGGAAAAAUAGUGCAACUCGAAGGAUCACAUGGAGCUAUCCUUGAAAUUCAGAAAAUAAUGAAGAACGUUGAGACAUCAAGCUUGAGCGUUUCUUUAUUUGGCGAUGAAGAUACGAAUGAUAAGGUAAAGCCAACACCUUCUGUUGAAGAAAAAGACUACCUGAACCCUGAUGUGCAAUUUAUUUUGGACUUGGUUCGAUUUACAUGUGAAAUGCUUGCGAAGGGAAUUCCCCAGCGAAAAUAUUCUGAAAGAGACGUUGAUGUAUUCAUCAAACGGCACCUAUUUUCGUGCUUUGACAAUAUUCUAGACAGCCACUUUGGGGAGAUGGUAUCAAGGGCUUCUCGAGAUCGUCGAGUUGGGGCAAUAGACACCCCAGAAACCACAGAAGGCUAUCAUACGGACUGGAUGUUCACGAAUGAAGCUAUAUCAGUUGAAGGUGGAGGAAUGCUGUCAAAACAAGAAUACCAAGCUUCUCAUGCCUGGAUUCUUAUCUCAUUGUUUUUUAUUCGUGCCUUCUUAGUUGUUUAUAUAGGAGGCGGGUUUUAUUCAUCAGUAAACUUGGCGGACUUUGAUAUUCCAACGACAUAUUCGGAACUUGGGUCUAUCAUUAGGGUUUCGCGCAUUAUGCUUCAGGUUAAGAAACUGUUGAAUCUUACAGUUUGCCGUUUCAAGCUUAUGAAGGAAAGGGCUUUUAAGGAAAAAUUCACUAGUGGAAAAGUGUUAAUGAAUGCCCGAUUACAGGAGUACCGAUCACCACAGAAACCGAAAAAGGAUUAUCGUGAUACGAGUAUGAUGUGUGUAUGCAACCAGUAUUCUCUGACUUUUCCUGAACCAAGGUCAGCGAAAUUUUAG